UGGAGUGACCAUUUGUAGGUGCUAUAGCUAACUAUAGUUAGUCUCCACUAAGCAGUCUUUGAUGUAUCUCAGCUCACAUGCCAUAUAUAUGGGUGAAGAAACCACUAGAUGCUUCCAGUCCUCAGGCAUCUAAGUCAUACACAGACAUUCAAAACUUGCCAGCUGAGGCUUCAGACAUCAGAAAAUGGAGAUAAGCCAUUCUUGCUGUGUACACAGGUUUUUGUGUGGACAGGAGUUUUCAUUUUUCUAGGGUCUCUGAGGUUCCACCAAAAUAUGGAACUUGAUUUUGGACAUUUUGACGAAAGAGAUAAGACAUCCAGGAACAUGCGGGGCUCACGGAUGAAUGGGCUGCCGAGCCCCACUCACAGCGCGCAUUGUAGCUUCUACCGAACCCGAACCUUGCAAGCUCUUAGCAACGAGAAGAAAGCCAAGAAGGUACGUUUCUACCGCAAUGGGGACCGCUACUUCAAGGGGAUUGUGUACGCUGUGUCCUCUGACCGUUUUCGCAGCUUCGAUGCCUUGCUGGCUGACCUGACUCGAUCUCUGUCUGACAACAUCAACCUGCCUCAGGGAGUGCGUUACAUUUACACCAUUGAUGGAUCCAGGAAAAUCGGAAGCAUGGAUGAACUGGAGGAAGGGGAAAGCUAUGUUUGUUCCUCAGACAACUUCUUUAAAAAGGUGGAGUACACCAAGAAUGUCAAUCCCAACUGGUCUGUCAAUGUGAAAACAUCUGCCAAUAUGAAAGCCCCCCAAUCCCUGGCAAGCAGCAAUAGUGCCCAGGCCAGAGAGAACAAGGACUUUGUGCGCCCCAAGCUAGUGACGAUCAUCCGCAGUGGGGUGAAGCCUCGGAAGGCCGUACGUGUGCUGCUGAACAAGAAGACGGCUCACUCUUUUGAGCAAGUCCUCACCGAUAUCACUGAAGCCAUCAAGCUGGAGACUGGGGUUGUCAAAAAACUCUACACUCUGGAUGGAAAACAGGUAACCUGUCUCCAUGAUUUCUUUGGGGAUGAUGAUGUGUUUAUUGCCUGUGGUCCUGAAAAAUUUCGCUAUGCGCAGGAUGACUUUUCUCUGGAUGAAAAUGAAUGUCGAGUCAUGAAGGGAAACCCAUCGGCCACCGCUGGCCCAAAGGCAUCUCCAACUCCUCAGAAGAGUUCAGCUAAGAGUCCUGGCCCUAUGCGCCGGAGCAAGUCUCCAGCUGACUCAGGUAACGACCAAGACGCAAACGGGACCUCCAGCAGCCAGCUCUCUACCCCCAAGUCUAAACAGUCACCCAUCUCCACGCCCACCAGUCCUGGCAGCCUCCGGAAGCACAAGGUAGAUCUGUACCUGCCUCUGUCCUUGGAUGAUUCGGACUCACUUGGUGAUUCCAUGUGAAGGAGAAGAGAAUGUUCAGAGUCCAGAGUACAAAUCCAAGCUUACAGUUACAAUAGGGUACUUCUAUGCUCAAGUGUCCAACAGGGCUAUUGGUGCUUUCAAGUUUUUAUUUGUUCUUGUUAUUUUUUAAAACACACUGUAAUAUGUUGGGUUUAUGUUCCUGUGAUUUCUCCUCUGGGCCACUGAUCCACAGUUACCAAUUAUAAGAGAUAGAUUGAUAACCAUCCUUCGGGGUAACUUUCUGGGGAUGUAAAAUAUGCUAAUCUGUGACCUUUCUAUUGAAAACUUAGGCGCCUGCAUUGUUUCUCCCGUUUCACUUUGCUCAUACACGACAGUCUUCCUUCUGUAGAGGGUUGUUUACAUACAUAGCACUUAAAAUGCAUUUGUGGGAAAGAAACUCAUUGGCAAAUCCAAGAGUGACAAACACAAGUGCCCCUUGUCUCCCGAUCUCAAGAAUGCUGGAGGAUCUUGGGAGGGCAACAAGGCAGCUCCCACGCCUCGCUCUUCACUCCCAAUCAAGCCCCCAGUUUAUCGUCUCGCACCAGUUCUGGCUGUCAAGGGGGAGAAACACCAGCAACUCCUAAUUCUGACAUCAGAUGCUUAGAUGAGCCCAGUGCAGGGCUAGACAGAAUUGAGAAACACUGUAGACAUUUCAGUAGAGUUUCUAAAGCUCAGUGAAUUUCUUGUCAAUCUCUCCAAGUGGGGCAAUUUGCAAUCAAUAAGCAAUUAAGAGUUGGCGGUGAGGGACUUCCUAUACCCAAUUCCUCUAGGAGGCUGUCUAACAUAGCGAGUUAUUACACAAACUGUAUGGUAUCCAUCUAUCUCUGUUCUAUUGAAUGCCUUGUAAACAGCCAACACUGAAAACACUGUGAGAAUUUGUUUUCAGGUCUGAUACCUUUCAGUCACUUUUUAUAGCAAGAAACCAAUACCCUUUUUAUAAAACUUCAUGUCUGUACUUCAGGCUCCUUUUUUUAUAAACUGGUGAUUUUUCUUUUGUCUAAAAAACACAUGCAGAAAAUUUACCAAAAAAAAUGCAAAAGAAUAACGUAGUUUAGAAAUCAUGCUGUCACUGCCAAACAGAAACCUCCAGGAGGAAACAAAAUGAAUAGCAGAGGCCAAUUCAAUAGAAUCAGUCUUUUGAUAACUUUUUAACAGUUCUGCUUACAUUAAUAAUUUCAAUGUGGACCAGACAUUCUAAUUAUAUUUUAAAGGAAAUGUUAUGGCAUAUUUUAAGCAACAACUCUUUUUUAUCUACAAUUCUGAUAUUUCAUACUGAAGACACGGAAACCUUUCGAUUGUCUUUAACACUAGAAAGGAUUUCUCUUUGCUAAGGACUGAUCAUUCGAAAUAGUUCUGAGUCUUUGAGGCACCGGUUCAUAACACUGCUUUUUGUCUGUAAUCAUAGCCCAUAAUGGCAAAGACAACUAAAUUUAAGGGAAAGCCAUGCAUGCCAGUUCUGUGUUUGCUUUUAGCAGAUAUGAAGAUUUCCUUAUUUCUUUGUAAUCCUUUGGAUAGUUUGUGAGGUGCAGCAUUCAAAGCCAAGCCGCUGUUUGGCUGCUGAGUGACUCGCGGUUGUUUCUCCACUUGAACUGGAACGAGCUUGGGGUGUGUGUAUGUGUGUGUGUACUUGCAGUUGCUUCAUGAUUAGGAGAUGCUCCAGAAUACCCCUACAUGGAUCCGUGGCAACCUGGUAGCAUUGCUGAUGUGCAUAUGUAGAAGGGGACUCGGUGGCGGAAGGGGUAGCUCAGAUGUCCCUAGACAAGCCUCAGAUACCUUAGCUAUAAGAAUUAUGCUUCAAGAAAAGUCCUGAUGACGGUACUACCAAUUCCUGGUUAAGUUGGUCAUCAAAGAACCCCAAAUCAUGAGAAUCUCCCUUUGCCCUGCUCCUUUAUUUGUAGGCGAGUUUGAAACCAGUGUAGACAGGUCUAUUUUUAAUCUUCAGGACAGACCUCUCAAAGAUUCCACUUUCUCCAGAUCUCAGCCUGGUUCCUUCAAUUUAAGGUGAAACAGAGGCUGAGGCAACUAACCAACAUGCUGGUAAAGAGCAAGACCAGAGGAGGAAUUUGGAUUUCCUCCUGUCUAGGCCCUAUGCUAUCUUCACGAGCAUUUCCUCACUGGUGGCGUAUGUACGAAAUGGACAUACUUUCUUUAGAGUGGCCUUUGACCCAACAGUCUUCAGUAAUAAAAGUAGAUCUUCCAUCUUUCUUUGAAUCAAUUAUAGGAGAAUGUUUCUGUACUGCCACUUCAGGGGGCUUGGUCUUAUUCCAAAUUCAAGUGUUUAAUGAUUACAUGUUAAAUUGGCCCAUUUUCAAGGCAAAAGAAAAAAUUGUCACUGAGCGCCUUCACCCCCGUCAUUCAUUCCGGAUUUUGCUCAAUCCAGUAUUACCACUAAAGUCCCAUUGUGUUACCUUCUGCACACUCAGCAAAUAUCAAGUCAUUCAGCGAGCAUCUGCCACCGCUCCCCACAUCCUCCCUCCCUCUUUUACGUGUGCAUGAGCUACGCACGUGCAUGCGUACACACACACACACACACACACACACACACACAGUCUAUCUGUUGCUUGUUCCUACCUCCUGAUUUUUCUCCCUUACAGAAAUAGAAAUAGGGACAAAGAAGGGCAAAAUGUAUAUAUGGGGGCUGGGCUGAACAACUUCAUAAGUAGUGUUAACUAGGGAUAAAUUGAGAGAAAAUUUCCUUUUCUCUUCACUGUUUUGGAAAGGAUAGCCAUUAGCAUGACUGCUUUGUGUCCUUAAGGACUUUAGUAUUAGCCUAGAUUGAAUCAUAGAGUUUUCUAGCUGGAAGGAACCUUAGGAUCACAUCAUCUACUCCAAAUUCCUCAUUUUCAUGCCAGGAAUGGAGAUGCAGAGGUAAAGUAAUUUCCCCAAGGUCACACAGCUGGCUAGGGGCAGGGCUGGGAUUAGAACCCACAUCUCCUGGCUCUUUUUCCAGGGCCUUUUCCCACUGAACUGUAUUGCCUUCCACUAGGCUCCUGAGAAUUCUUUCCCAGGGUCAUGUUGCAUCUUGGAGCCAUAUGGUGCUGCCCUGAGCUCAGUGGGAAAUCCACCCAGCAACCUAAUACGGCCCUUUCUCCCUGUGUUCACAUGGUUCCCAUCUACAUGGACUGCAGAUGCCCCCAAAGAGAAGGAGGCAUUGAGAACCCACAGGAACAAUGAGGUCCCUGACCUUGUCAACUCAACACAGGGGAUCACUGCCCCACCUCAAGGAGCCCUCAGGACAGCCCUCUGAGCUCCAGUCCUGUCCAGUGGAGAUGGGGGAAGACUGACUUUCCCUGUCAGCUCAUUUCAUCUCCUACUGGUUGGGUCUUUGUAGGCUGAGAGAAAUGUUUCUUGUUCUUAGAGCAGGGAAAGGAAGGAAGAGCAGAACAUAGCUUUGUUUGUCCUGAUUUUUUGAGAUGGCUUUGCAGUAUUUUUUAAAUGACUGUGACUGCCAUUCACUGGCCAUAAUUUCUUUUAAAAUAUGGGAGAGAGCCCAGCUAGAAAAUAACGGUCUCACUGUGGUGGUUCUCAACUACAAUGUUCCCAUAGCCAUCCUGCCCCAAUGGGGACAAUUUCCAGGUAUAAGCAAGGGGCUUUGUAACUAAAAUGCACCCAGGCUGAUGUUAAACGUUGGUUCCUUGUGUUUGCACUAAAAUAGCAAGCUACGUGCUCUAUACCCCAUACUCGUCUUCUUGUGUACACUGCUUGGUCCUGUGGCCUUCCAUGGCAGAAACCAGGGCAACAGGGUCUGAACACGUGGUUUCCUCAUACCAUGGCUCCUCCUGGGAACUAAGGGGGGGUGUUCAUUAGUUCAGGUCCAAGAGACUUCCUUCUGGGCUUACUCCACUUCUCAGGAAAUUCUCUCUUCUUCCUGCUUCGCCUCCCCAAUUGGAAGUAACCAAGGAACCUUAAAGUGGAUGUAUAGUUCUAAGAAGAAGGGAAAGACAAGGGGUCUGAGCCCCUAGAUACUUCUUUGAAUCACCCAGCCCAAGUCAUAGGGCAGCAAUCCACAGUGCUUGCUUUGGACAAAACUGUGUCUGCUUCCCUGGUCCCUUCAAUACUCUGGAAGGACAUGUUCUGAUCCCCCUCAGAUUUGGUUCUAAAUAGCUUUUCUUUUUUAAAAACACAUGUCCCUCAGACAAGGGAAUAAGCAUGCUCAUGUGCCCCAAGUGAGCUCUGGCACACUGAUGGGACUGUUUUCCAGGAUCAGCCUACCUCUGAAACAUCUAUGCCAAGAGACAUCUCCAGACAGAUGCCCUGGGACCAUGGGGUUUGAACGACCUCCUUUGCUACCCAACUUGCUCUGGGGACUAAAAGGCAUUAGAGAUUCAUUUUUAAAAAAGAUUUAUUUAUUUAUUCAUGAGAGACAGAGAGACAGAGAGAGAGAGAGAGAGAAGAGAGGCAGAGGGAGAAGCAGGCUCCUUACAAGGAGCCCAAUGUGGGAUUCGAUCCUGGGUUUCCAGGAUCACACCCUGGACUGAAGGUGACGCCUAACCAUUGAGCCACUGGGCUGCCCAGAGAUUCAUUUUUUUGAAGACAGCCAUUGGAACCUGUAUGUGGCCACAAAGGGCCGCUUGAUUCUCCAAGGCAAGGCCUCAAUCAUGCAUUGCAUUAAGGGAUUUGGCUCUUAGGUCUAGGCUGGUUUCAUUAGUAAACUGUCAGUAUUUUGAAGCUCACCUGAGAUGAGGGGGCGUUAAGAGUCCUAUGUUUUGGGACGUGGAAUUGAGAGAGAAUGAAAUUCCAGACAUCGAUGUGCCAGAAGUGAUCUGAGACCUCCUGUGUAGCAAUGGAAUUGUCACACUUCUGCCACUGCCCCUGGAAGGGGACCUCUUUAUGUAGCGUUGUCCACUGUUCUGUGAAUCCAUAGAGGGUUUCCUCUUCCUUGUAAGUAUGACCACCUUGAGCAAAGAUAAUGCAUUGAUUCCCCAUGCAUACCUUUUGGUAGAAGAGGCAUCUCCAACAGGUUCUCUGGCUCUUGGUGGCCCGGACCCAGACUAGUGCUGGUAAUAUUCAGUGGAUUGCCCUAAAGGCUGUAAUUAUGGGCCAAGACAAUGCAGACCAUCCAUUUCUUAAAAGUGAAUUCUCAAUUUUAUUCUUCCUCCAGUUAGCACUCCUCACUUCCCUAGUAGUUUACAUAAAAAAAAGGCUGGAGGUUUUUGUCACAACAGCCAAGACACGGGGUGGGGAGGAAAAUGCAUUUCUAAACCCACAGAGUGCUGACUCCAGUGGUCAACCUACUAUGAGCUGGGUCUGUUAGCAGUUCCUCUUAAGCCCCUUCCAUUGUUUCUUUUCAGAGAUUAGAAGGCUAACUGUCCCAUCGGCUUGCCUUUCAGUAUGCCUAGUUGAAGGGACUUUGCCCCUCCUAUCUUUUCAGGAAAAGGAGACUGUCUCUUCUGUCUUCUCCACCCUGGUCCCUAGAGCUUAUUCAGCAUCCCCAAAGGUAUAAUGUGGCCUUGACAUUCAACUUCUUAGUGUCAACAUUACUUCCUACUGGUUUCUUAUUAAGGAUCUAUGCAGACAUCCCACUUUGGCCUAUGUGGUGUGACAGUGGCUAUCAAACGACAAGACUCUCGAAUCCACUUGUGACUGCCUACAUUUGUAUCCCUCAAUUUCAUAGGCUCCGGCAUCUUCCAGAAUCAGAUGCAAUCUUAUCUUACUUUAGAUGCUUGGAGCUGGGGUCUGGGGAGUACAGAAUUCCCUUGGGAAAUUAAGGCAUCUUCCUGCUUCUGAUUAGGACAGGCUAGUUGGGAGAGGUUGGAAGGCACAACAGAAGUUAGAACAAACUCCUUGUGAAUGAAGGCACAAACGUGGAGAUGUGGGAACUUCUCAUUUCUGGGUGAAUAACCUGAGGAAUCAAUGUCUUUUUGCCACUCUCUACCUCCCCAGUGUAUCUCUUUGUCUUUUCUUUCUCUCUCUAGCACACUAGAUUUGCUCUCAAUUUUAUACUCCACUAUCACUCUCUCUUUCCAGAGUACAAACGCCCAUCCCUCAUCCUCUGCAAUUCUCUUGCUUCUUUGAUGUCUCCCGUUCUAUUCCUUUCUUCCUCCAUGUCUAGGUUUUGGGCAUAUCCCUCUUCUUAGCCCUGGGAUUUUGCCUUGGUGAUGUGAAGUUAUUUCUGGACUUAACCAGUGCUGAUCCCACAGUUCAGUCAGAAGUAUGGAGGUUGGAAUCAAUCUGAUCCUGACUCUUCUUCUCCAUUUUCAGUUGCGAUUCCCCAAAGCAGAUCUUCACAAGCAGUUUCCUUACAGCCCAUCUGUUGUUAGGUCUUUGCCUUCCAAGCGCUGUACAGAAGACUCUGUGGUUCCUUUUUAGUCUGCCAUUUUGUGGAGCAAUGAAGUGUGCUCAGAGAAAUAAUCAGCUGAACAGAAAAAUCCACCCAUGGAUUCCUAUCAGCUAAAUACUAUUAACAGAUUUUGUUUGAUUUUCUCAUAUUUUAAAAAGCUGCAAUAUAAUAUAAUGAGAGAGCACAGGUUAUUUCUGCUGUCAUUUGGUUUGGCCGGGCAGGGGCGUUAGGUGUGGGGGUGGGGGAGCAACUCGUUUCAAGUUUUACCCACUGACACAUUAAGCUGUCUGUAACAAUCUUACGUUUGGGGUUUGCCAACUGUUGAACUGUUUUAGCUGAACUGAUAGGCAAUUGGGGUUGAUUUAAAUGGAAAGGAUAAUUAACAAACCCCUACUAUAGAAAGAAAUACUCACUUAACUAAAAUGUAUUUGUCCUUAUGUUACUAAAUUCACCUAAACAUUUACUCUGGACUCCAACUGUUCCUAUCUCUGUACAGGCAGUCCACAUUAAGAGUAAUUAAUGGGCCUCAAGAAGUCAGCUUGUAGGUGCUAAUUUAUUCAACAUGGUGCACAGCCCUUGGGGAUGUCACUGCUUGGCAAUGCUAUAUGGAAUGCCCUUUCCAAUGGCUUUUCCUUAUAAGUUCUCUUAAAGGGAUUCAAGCAAGUAAGAAGUUAUACCAAAACGUCUCUCAUGUAUGGUCCUGCAAUAUAUUGCAGCUUGAAGCCAAUGAUCCCUUAUGACUUACACAACUAAUGCAUGUUUUGAUUGAAGUUUGCAUUGCUCAUGUGUGGUAAGUUCUUUAAAAAAAGUUUUGGGUCACCUUUUUGUGCCAUUAAACUUGUACAGAAAAUGCUUUUAUGGCCAUUUUCAAAGGGAGAAAGUUUAAAAUGGAAACAGCCCACCCUUUCUGCCCUAUAGCUGUAGUUAGAACUCAGUUAAGUGUAGCAAAACAGCUGUAAUUGGUGGUUGUAGUAUUAGAGGCGUUAGCUUGCUAGUGACUAGCUUUGGAGAGUAAAUGCAUGGUAUUGUACAUCACAUUUCUUAAAUAACUCAUUUUAACCUCUGAAAAGAAUAUAUUCUUCCCUGUGGUCCCCCUUCCCUCCCCUUCCCCCUGCUCCCAGGUGUCUUACAGUUGUAAAUAACUGAUUUGGGGGCCUGAUGCUUUUUGCCAAGUAAAGUCAACAAAGAACAAACAGACCAAAAAGGGGGGAAAGGCAAUUUCUCAGUCUCUCAGCAGCUAGCAACCAUUUCUCAAGGGGUGACAUUAUGAUCAAAGACUCAACUUCCCUUUGCGUAAAAAAAUCAGUGGCAGCUUGGGAAUGUCUUUGACCAUUUGCUUACAUGGCAGAGUUGAAUAGUUCUCGGAAUUGCAUAUAAUUGAAAGACAGUGGACAAUGAUGUUCCUUUAUCCCUGCAGCAGUUUUGAGGUAUUUGGAGACCUCAGAAGGCUCUGCUUGACCAACAAGCAAUACUUAUUAAGAAAGAAAAAGAAAAAUGGAGAAAGACGGCAGAUAAUUUAGGGACUUUUUAGCUGCCCCCUCAAAAGAGUUACAGCCAGAAAAGACAAGGACAUGCAUGUAUAUGCAUUGCUGUUGGUUUCCCAGGCAAUGCCUAGACCUGCUCUCAGACUAUGAUUCUAAAGUGGUGUUCCAAGAAGGCACUCUCCUUUUUGGUUUGCUGUUCCUACUUGGACUGGCAGGUUUGAUGAGGCCCAUGUAAAACCAGCUGGAGCAGACCCUUUUCAUCUCCCGUGCCUGUUAAUAUCCCCCUCCCUCCCUCCACAAUUUCAUGAGGGCUUUCUUUGGUUAGAGGACUUCAAAGUCUAGAGAAGUUCCCCAUGUGUGUAACGUGUUGUGAACUGUGAAUGCUGCAGAUUCACGGCAUUCAAUACCAGGCGGCCAAAGAGCUGCUUUUGCAAUCAUUUUGGCUCUCAAGCUCUGUUCUUCAUCUCAUUCUCAUUUCUGUGUACAUUUGCAAGAUGUGUGUAUGCCAUUUUCCAAAAAUAAAAUUUGAUUUCAAUA